AUGGCUCCCUUAUGGGUUUCUAGGUUUGGAGAUUUUACUAGCAAAGAUGGCGAAUUCCGUGCAAAAAUGUACAGUCUGGAUGCUAUCUUGUCUUCUCUACGCAGAUAUUUCUUUCCAGACAGCCUGACACGUGUAGAACUUUCAAUUCGUGCAAUGGGUGGGCACCUUGGAUUGUCGCUGAGGCUUUACACUACGAUUAUUCAGCAACAAUUGAGGCAAGCUUUCUUCUUCGGUUCUGAUGUAGAUACUCUCUUUCAUUUCCUGCCGGCAGUACUAGUAGUAGCCCUUGCAUCUUACAUGUGUUUAGAAGAACCUCUCAAACCUCAGUAUGGAGGAGGCAUUCUCAUCAACCCCCAAUUUAACCAUGGUCUGAAAGGAUGGUCAAGAUUUGGCCUGGCCCAGAUCGAAGAGAGGGUGUCAAAAGGAGGAAACAGGUUCAUCGUGGCCCACAGCAGAAACCAAUCAGAUGAUAGCGUCUCACAGAAGCUUUAUUUGUACAAAGACAGGCUCUACACUUUCUCUGCUUGGAUUCAGGUCAGUGAAGGAAAUGUGCCAGUAAAUGCAGUUUUCAAAACUGCAACCGGCCUUACAGAUGCUGGCACAAUCAUUGCUAAGGCUGGCUGUUGGUCCAUGAUUAAAGGAGGAUUUACGGUGGAUGUCUCUGGUCCAGCUGAACUCUAUUUUGAUAGCAAAUACACAAAAGUGGACAUAUGGGUAGACAGUGUAUCCUUACAACCAUUCACCAAAGCGCAAUGGAGAGCUCACCAAGAAGAAAGCAUUCAAAAGGUACGCAAGAGGAAGGCCCGAUUCCAUGCCCUUGACACUGACGGGAACAGCCUUCCUGGUGCAAUGCUCUCUGUCAAGCAAAACAAGGCGAGCUUCCCAUUAGGUUGUGCCAUCAACAGCAACAUCCUCAACUACGCCGCCUACCAGAAUUGGUUCGCCUCCCGAUUUGCGGUGACUGUCUUCGACAAUGAGAUGAAAUGGUAUAGCACAGAGAAGUCCCCUGGCAAGGAGGACUACUCAGUCCCUGAUGCCAUGGUCGCAUUUGCCAAAAGGAACGGCAUCUCUGUGAGGGGCCACACCAUCCACUGGGAUAACCCUUCAGAGCAGCCCUAUUGGGUUAAUGCCCUCUCGCCGGAUCAGCUGAAGGUAGCAGCAUUCAGGAGGCUCAACUCAGUCGUCUCACGGUAUGCAGGCCAGCUCAUUGGGUGGGACAUCAACAAUGAGAAUUUGCACUUUUCAUUCUAUGAGGACAAGUUUGGGCAGAAUGCAACAGCGGCAUUCUUCCAGAGAGCACAUCAGCUUGAUCCAAAUAAAAUAAUGUUCAUGAAUGAAUUCAAUACAAUAGAAUACAAAGGAGACAGUAAGGCAUCACCCGCCCAGUACCUAGAGAAGCUGAGAGAGAUCAUGGCCUACCCUGGGAAUCAAGGGCCAACAGCGAUUGGAUUGGAGGGCCAUUUUGAUGUCCCCAACAUUCCUUACAUGAGAUCCGCCAUUGACAUUCUUGCUUCAGCAAAGCUGCCCAUAUGGCUCACAGAGGUGGAUGCUGCAAAAGACCCAAAACAGGCACAGUACUUAGAAGAGAUCCUGAGAGAGGGCCAUGCCCAUCCAGCCGUUCAAGGGAUCAUAGUGUGGGCAGGUUGGAGUCCAGGAAGAUGUAACAAGUUGUGCUUAACAGAUGACAAUUUCAAAAACCUUCCGACAGGAGAUGUUGUGGACAAGCUCAUCAACGAGUGGAAAUCUUCCAAUGUGGUGGGCAUCACCGAUCACAAUGGCUUCUUUGAAGUUCCACUCUUUCAUGGAGACUAUGACGUGACAAUCACACAUCCAUCUAAGAAUACCUCCAUGAUUCAGACCAUGAAGGUGACCCCACAGAGUCUAGAAGAAGAGACAAUCUAUGUUAAGGUGUAUGCAUGAAAGCUGUUUGAGCCUUUAUUUUAUUUUUUGAAUA